UUUACUUGUUCUGCCAUCUAAGUCUGCAUUUCUUUGUGAAGAUUCCAGUGAUUGCCUGACUCUGCUCAAAUUCAGGGAGGAGCUAACAAGUGACUCCAAAGAUCAUCUUCAAACUUGGAAUGAAGCCAAUCCCUUGUGCAACUGGACUGGAGUUACAUGCCACCAACGUCUCCAAAACCGGGUUAUAGGUCUUGAGCUCAUAGAUAUGGGGUUACAAGGAAAAAUAUCACCAUUCAUAUCCAAUCUCUCUCUACUUGCCAACUUGUCUUUACAGAUCAAUGGGUUCCAUGGACAAAUUCCAUCUUCCUUUGGAAAACUUACAGAGUUAGCGUUUCUGAAUGCUAGCUCAAACAAGCUUGAAGGUAACAUUCCAGGUUCAUUACAUGGUUGCCGAAGCUUGAAAGUCGUAGACUUGACUUACAACAAUCUAUCUGGUGUCAUUCCUGAAGAACUCGGCUGGAUGAAGAGUCUGGCAUAUUUAGCUCUCUCCGAAAACAGUCUCAGGGGAGUGCUUCCAGCCUCUCUUUCAAACUUGACGGAAUUGACACAACUUGAACUGGCUGUCAACUAUUUUACUGGAAAGAUCCCACCAGAGCUCGGAGCAUUAAGAAAGCUAGAGAUUUUGUAUCUCCAUAUGAACUAUCUCGAAGGCUCGAUACCGGCAGCAAUUGCUAACUGCACUGCUUUACGCGAAAUUUCGCUGAUUGAGAACUUGUUAAGUGGAGAAAUCCCUUCAGCUUUGUUUGCUAAACUCAAGAAUAUGCAGAAAAUGUACAUGUCAAGAAACAAGCUUUCUGGGAAAAUUCCAGGGACCCUCUCCAAUCUUUCACAGCUGAUACUGUUUGAUGUUAGUUUGAAUAAUUUAGAGGGGGAAGUUCCUGGAGGAUUGGGCAUGCUAAAGAACCUAGAGAAUUUCUACUUACAUUCCAACAACUUGUGUGGCGGCUCUGGUAAUUCUUCUCUCAGUUUCUUAACAGCUUUAACUAACUGUUCGUAUCUGCAAAAACUACACUUGGGUUCGUGUUUGUUCACUGGAAAUCUACCAUCUUCUAUAGGAAACCUUUCAAAAGACCUGUAUUACUUGAAUCUUUUUGAUAACCACAUUACAGGAAGUAUGCCAGAAAGUAUCGGAAACUUAAGCGGCCUAGUAACAUUGUACUUGUCAUACAACCGUUUGGUAGGAAGCAUACCAUCUUCCCUUGGCAAGCUUUUGAAUUUGCAGAGGUUAUACUUGGGGAACAACAGAAUUAUUGGGCCCAUGCCAGAUGAGUUAGGGAUGAUGUCUAGCCUUGGUGUACUGGAUUUUGGCAACAAUUCGAUUGGUGGGACGAUUCCUCCUUCACUUGGUAAUCUCUCACAGCUGAGAUAUCUUUACCUGUCCAGAAAUUUCCUAUCGGGAAUGUUUCCAAUUGAGCUUACUCAAUGCUCUCUUAUGAUGCUGCUUGAUCUAUCUUUCAACAAAUUACAAGGCUCUGUUCCUGUAGAGAUUGGCGGCUUUUCAAACCUAGCUCUCUCUCUUAACCUUUCGAACAAUAAGUUCGAAGGACAGUUGCCUGCAAGCAUUGGAAAGCUGGUAUCUGUACAGGCAAUUGACUUGUCUGAGAACAAGUUUUCUGGUUUGAUACCUACCUUGAUUGGAAGCUGCAUUUCUUUGGCCUAUCUAAACAUGUCCAACAAUAUGUUUGAGGGGACUAUUCCAGAUUCGUUGAGUUUGAUCACUCAUCUUGAAGUUUUGGACUUGGCUCGUAAUGAAUUAAAUGGCACCCUUCCGAAAUGGAUUGCUGAAAACCAGAUGAUCAGGAAUCUUAAUUUAUCUUACAAUAGGCUAUCAGGAGAAGUUCCAGAUACUGGAAGGAGAAAUAUUUUUAAUAGAAGCUCAUUGUUGGGGAAUGUCGGGUUGUGUGGUGGUUCUGCACUACUUGGUCUUCCGCCAUGUGAAGUUCAAAAGAGAAAACAUAAGAUAAGAAAAUCGAUAAUUUACUCUUUGGUUGCUGCAGUUGCGUUUGUCUGUGUGCUGGUGGCUGUUUUCGUUUAUUGUUUCUUCUUCUCCUUCAGAAAGCGGGAUUCAAAAGCAGAAGACAGAAUGGUAACAGUAAUGGGAUCACCAAGCCAUCAUGGAAGGCGCACUUUCACCCAAAGGGAACUUGAACUUGCAACAGGUGAGUUCAGUGAAGCUCAUCUGUUGGGUAGAGGAACCUUCGGAUCAGUCUAUAAGGCAAUUGUUGAUGAUGGUGAAACUAUUAUGGCAGUGAAGGUUCUGCAUGGUGACGGUAUUCAGAGUUACAAAAGCUUUAAGAGGGAAUGUCAAAUCAUGUCCGAAAUUAAGCACCGGAAUCUUGUUAGAAUGUUAGGAUAUACCUGGAGUACACAGUUCAAGGCUCUAAUUCUUGAAUACAUAGGAAAUGGUAACUUGGCAGAGCAUCUUUAUCCUGGCGGACUAGAGGAAGGAACAUGUGAACUAUCGUUGAGGGAAAGAAUAUCAAUAGCCAUAGAUGUUGCCAAUGGCUUGGAGUAUCUUCAAGAAGGUUGUCGAGUCCAAAUUCUACACUGUGACUUAAAACCAGAGAAUGUGCUUAUUGACAAUGAUAUGGUAGCUCAUGUAGCAGAUUUUGGGAUUGGAAAGCUCAUAUCAGCUGAUAAACCCAAGGAACUACAUGUUAGCACAACGCAUUUUCUACGAGGAUCAAUUGGGUACAUUCCCCCAGAAUAUGCGCAAGGGAUUGAGGUUUCAGCUAAAGGAGAUGUCUAUAGCUUUGGUGUGAUGGUGCUCGAGUUGAUAACAAGAAAAAGACCGACAAGCAAUAUGUUUCGAGAUGAGGUUGAUCUAAGGAAGUGGGUGCAUUCUUCGUACCCAGACCAUGUUUUGGAUGUUGUUGACAGCACGCUAAAGGAGAUAAAAAGCACAGAUGGUGCUUUGGAUGAGCUUGAGCGAUGCUGCAUUCAGAUGCUUGAGGUAGGGUUGAGGUGCACAGAAGAUACUCCACAUAAAAGACCCUCCAUGUCUUUUGUUGUGCAGAAGUUGACACAGUGCCUAGAAAGCUGGAGAGACCUGGAGACCUGGAGAGAUGGAGAGAUGGUGAAACUUCUGCAUCCACAAAUGUUGGAAUAGAGUUUUACAA